CUCCCCUCCGCGGAAGCGAAUUGGGCUCACCCACAUCCGGGUCUCGGAGGGAAAGGGCGAGUGUGUCACGUGGGGCAGAGGGUGGGCGCCGGCGGCCGCGGCUCCUUCGCUGGCUCUGUUUCCGGUUUGACAAGAUCAAAGCUUCAGGAGAAUGGACAGUGAGGUACAGAGAGAUGGAAGGAUCUUGGAUUUGAUUGACGAUGCUUGGCGAGAAGAUAAGCUGCCUUAUGAGGAUGUUGCAAUACCACUGAAUGAGCUUCCUGAACCUGAACAGGACAACGGUGGCACCACAGAAUCUGUUAAAGAACAAGAAAUGAAGUGGACCGACUUGGCCUUACAGUACCUCCAUGAGAACGUUCCCCCCAUAGGAAACUGACACCUGGCUCCUUUUUCAUGGACGGAUUUUUUUAAAUACAUAGAUACAAAUUGUUUCUUUCAGUCUCCUAAUUCAUAUCUUUUAAUGAUAGAUCAGCACUCAGAAAUGUACAUCCACUUAGUUUGUGGCAGCAAAGUUCAAUGUGGAAAUACUCACCAGAAUGAAAAACAGAUUGAGAUUUCUCAGGAA